CUUUACCUUUACCACCUUACCACUAAGUUACUGUGUAGAGGUUAAGUUUUUAAGGAUGGUGAGGCUUUAUGUGUUAAUGUUGUGUUCGUUCCUCAGUUAUUACGCCUAUUAGGAAGUUAGUAAAAUGGGUGACACAGUCGUUUGCCAUUUGUGCCAGCGAAAGUUUACAUUAAUUAAAAAUUUGAGGACCCAUUGCAGAAAGAAACAUCCUAACAGUCCUCUACCCACAUCAAAGAAACCUGAAGGUAUUUCAAUCACAAAUUGUAUAUCUUGUCCUUUGUGUCUAUGUGAGUCGAGAUUUUUGAAACAUGAAGAGUUACUCUUGCAUAUAACCAGUAUACACGCAAUUGAUGUUGAGAGGCAGUCGUAUGACUUUCAAGAUUAUGAAACUUUUCUUUUAUGGAAAGAACAGGUUGAAGAACAAACAACAUCCCGCUAUGUAAAAACAAGAGGCAUUAGAAAAUGCAAGGACUCGGAAACUAUCAUUUUUAGCUGUUGCCGAUCAGGCCAUUUUAAGUCUCGGGGCAAAGGUCUUCGCCAUUUGAAGACCCAAGGGACAAGAAAAAUUAAUUACACUUGUCCUGCAAGGAUGAAUGUCAAAAGGUUCAGUGAUGGAAAAUGUGAAGUGGUUUUUAUUAAAACUCAUUUAGGUCAUUCCACAGAUGUAGCCCAUGUAAGCCUUCUUGAAAAAGACCGAGCUUCUCUUGCCCAAAAGAUAUCAGAAAAAAUACCCUUCCAAGCAAUCUUGAACGAGUUAAGAGAGUCUCUCCUUCUAGAGACUUCUGUUGGUAGACAGCAUUUAAUCACAAGAAAAGAUUUACAUAAUAUAGAACAGUGUUUUAAUCUGAAUAAUGAGUCAGUGAAACAUAAUAACGAUUGGACAAGUGUGCAGGCAUGGGUCAAUGAAAUGAACAGAGAAGGUGAUUCCUGUGUCCUAUUUUACAAACAACAAGGAAAUAACUGCGAACAGUUUAAAGAAUUGAAUGAAGAAGAUUUUUUCCUUGCCAUCAUGAAUGAUGCACAGGGAGAUAUGUUGAAAAAGUUUGGACACAAUGUAAUUUGCAUUGAUGCGACUCAUGGCCUAAAUCAAUAUGACUUUGAGCUAGUCACACUUUUGACCUUAGAUGAAAUGCAUCAGGGGUUUCCUUGCGCCUUUCUGUUUUCUAACAGGACUGAUGAAGUUGCUCUUGAACUAUUUUACAGAUUAGUAAAGAACAAAGUAGGGGAAGUGCAACCAUCUGUUUUCAUGAGCGAUAUGGCUGAAAGUUUUUAUAAUGGCUGGGUUUCAGUGAUGAAUAAGCCGUCAAAGCGCCUCUUUUGCACUUGGCAUGUGAUUAAGGCUUGGAAACAAAAUAUUAGAGAGAAAAUUAGGAACAAAGAAAAACAAGAAGAUGUUUUUAUCAAAGUCAUGACAUUACUAGAAGAAACAGACUGCACUACAUUCAACCAAAUAUCCAAUAAGGUUCUUGAAGCAUGGAAGGAUGAUCCAGAAACACAUGACUUUGCUAAGUACUUUGAAACAUAUUAUUUAAAAUGUUCUGAAUCCUGGGCCUUUUGCCAUAGGCUGUACAGCUCGAUCAAUACCAAUAUGCAAUACCAAUAUGAGAUUUGUUUUUGUUAG